UCUACAGGGCUAAACAUAGACUUAGUAUAAUGUACUACGGGAUUAAGUUAUCUAUUGCUGUUGCUAUUGGGGGUGGGAAUUGAUUGUUAGUAAUGCAGAUUAUCAGUCCCGUUGCUAGCAAUUAUGAAAUAUCAUCCUUCACUGGUACCCGCUACUGUAUAUCGGAAGUGCCGGCGGUGUAAUUAUUCCUAUGCCAUCUGUUAAAAAAUUGCUAUUUUAAUACUGAUACUGUAGAUAUUAGUCUAUAAAAUAAAUUUAGAGAGGUGAUGAUAGAUCAGAGAAUAUCUAAUCUCUGAUCUAAUAUCAUAAUUUUCUAGUGGUAGUAGUAAUUAUUAGGUUUUAGAGAUAAGAAAUACUGCAAUGAAAUACUGAGUAUCAAUUUUGAUACUAAAGAAUACGUAUAAUAUAGAAAUGUAAUUUUAAUUCUUUAAGCUUUGAUUAUCCGCAGGAACCUACUAGAGAUGUGAUGCAGAUUAGUAGACAUGUGGUUAGGGAUAAUUAUUAUUAUGAUUUGGUAUUUGACAGCCCUAAAUCAGUGUUGCCAGCUGAGAUAUUACUGUUGUAAUUUUGGGUAAAUAAAAUUGCUUCUUUUUUCUUACUAGAGUAGUGAAAUUCUCUAAGCGAUGUCAACUUGGAGAAGUUUGAACAACUUUUUUACGGUCUUUGUAUUUGUAAACCAUACAGCAAUAUAUAAAUACAAUAAAAUAUAACAAUGAGGCAGAACAGAUGGUAUAGGUACAUCUUUUUCGUCGUUCACUUUGUACUUACAUGGUAAAAUGUAUUGAAAAACAACACGAAUUUCUGAUGGAGUAAAAAUAAAAAGAAAAGAAAUUGUAACUAUUGGAGAAAAAAAAAUUGUGAUAUAUGGGUAAAAUUAAAAAAAUAGUACUUGGCAAUCUUUUCCUAAACUGUCACUGUCAAAUUAAAUUUGUCAGUCGAUUUGUCAACAUAUUUUUAUUUUCAAAUAAUAUAUUAUUAAAAAUAUAAGAAUAUUAAUACUUUAAAAAGUAGAUGUAUAUAAAGAUUAUAAGUUGUAAAAUAAAAUAUUUUCAAGACUACUUUGAUUUUAAUAAAUAAAAAGUACGAAUAACCUAUAAAUCCGGCUAAAAAAUUCAAUCAUAGAAAUGGCUUUGAACUACUUUCGGCAGCUCGCAAGGGCAGUGUCUGCAAUAAAAGUAACUAAAGCACAUGUAACAAAAGGAUUUAGUACCAGUGAGCCAGCCCGAAUUGGUAUGAUUCCUAUUGUUGUUGAACAAACUGGGCGAGGUGAAAGAGCAUACGAUAUAUACUCUAGACUUCUGCGGGAACGGAUAAUUUGCCUCAUGGGACCCAUUAAUGAUGAUAUAAGUUCAUUAGUAGUAGCUCAAUUACUAUUCCUACAGUCGGAGUCCAGUAAAAAGCCUGUUCACUUAUAUAUAAAUUCUCCUGGGGGUGCCGUAACUGCAGGGCUAGGUAUUUAUGACACAAUGCAAUAUAUAACGCCUCCAGUUGCAACAUGGUGUGUUGGUCAAGCAUGUAGCAUGGCAUCAUUAUUAUUAGCUGCAGGAGCACCCGGGAUGAGGCAUGCACUCCCUAACUCUCGAAUCAUGAUCCAUCAACCAUCCGGCGGAGUGAGAGGACAGGCUACAGAUAUACAAAUUCAAGCAGAAGAGAUUUUAAAGCUAAAAGCACAAAUUAAUGCACUGUAUGUCAGACAUACAGGAUUACCUGUUGAGAAGGUUCAGAAUUCUAUGGAACGGGAUUGCUUUAUGUCUCCAGCAGAAGCUAAAGCAUUUGGUUUGAUUGAUAAUGUUUUAGAGCACCCACCAUCCCAUGAUAUGGAGAAGGAAUGUACUGCAACAUCUUCCAGUGGUAGCACUAAUUAAUUCAAUAAGAAGCAAGAAUUUAAAAUUAACCUGUAAUGUUAUGUUUAAUAAAAAUUAUAUUGUUAACUUGU